AAAUUGAGUAGUGUCAUUUUUAAUAUACGACAAGAGUAUUGACUGAAACUGAGUAUUUUUCCUAAACAUGUUAAGUUAGUGUUCGAAAUCUGAAUAUGUUUUCUAUCGGGCUGAAAGGAUUAUUGCUCUCUCUCACGUUUUUCCUUUGCAUUUUUACAACCAGCAGCCUAAAAUGUUAUGAUUGCUUUUGGGAUGAUUCGCCAGAAACGAAAGAUGAACGUCUAAAAGAAUUGUCCAAAGUCAAAGAUCGGAAAUUUCCAGUUUCUGAGAAUUAUAUUGGGGAAAAAGAAAGAACGAGAGCGCCAACAGAAGAAGAAAUAAGACGAAAAUGUGGCGUAAUGAACUGCCAAUCAGAAGACAGUUAUUGUUUAAAAUGGAGCUAUAUCUCAAACAAUCCAAAAAACAUCACCUACACAUGCGUGGGAAAUCCUCAAAAGAGAUCCGGAUGCUUUGAACACGAAAUUAAAAGCAAGGACACCAAACAAUACUUGAAAAUCCAAGCUUGCCUGUGUGAUGAAGAUUUGUGCAACAGAGCUCUUUCGUUAAACCCAAUGCAUCUCGUUACACUGUAUGCAACAUUAGUCGUGGUCUUGCUUACAUUUUAUAGACGAAAUUACUGCUGAGAAGACAGAUGAUUUGAUUUUAAUAACUUUUUAAUUAGAAAAAAAUCAGUUGGGCUCUGUAGCAGGAAGUUUUAACCCGCUACAAGGUGUCUAAAAAAUAUGAAAACGGUAAAAUAUUUGGAAAAAAAAACGCAUGGUAUCAAAAAUCUAAAAGAGGCAUUUUAUAUGAUACCAAAGUCGACACUCACUCCCAGAUUUGGGGGUGAUAGAAUUUAGUACCAUUGAAAAGCUUAUUUAAAAUUAAAUCGAUUUUUUUUUAAAUCCCCUUUUUAUUUUCUCGACUGACUCCAUCUGUAAAAGAAAAUGGAAUAAUCUGUAUAAAUCAAAUUAAUUUUUUCCUGAAAAUCCACUUCUACAAUAAAAAAUUUUGGGUUCUUGAUCGAUAUUGGUAUUAUUAUUUUUUUUAUAUUUUUGAUCCGAUGAGAUAUUUGACCGUUUAUAUAUUUUGCGGUCCCUCUGUAUUUGCAAAAUUGUAAUUUAAAAAUUGUAUUUCAUAGUUGGAAUUCUAAUCAAUGUUUGAAUUUUCGUGUAAUAAAAUCAGUUAACAUUGCUCUUCAUCUACCAAACUUGACUUCUGGGAAUCAUUCCAUUUUUUUGAAUUAUUUAAAUAAUUUAGUUUAUGAUCUUUCUACAAUCCCAUUCAUCUUUCUCAACAGUCUCAUCUGAUUUAAAAACCUUGGGAAAUAUUCGGAAAUCUGUUGUAAUUUAAUUGAUAAACCCUAGGGUUUCCUUGAAACCCCCUAAUCUUAUCUCCCUUUUUAUUUUAUUCAAACUUGUUAAACCACUUUUUAUUUCAUUCAAACUUGUUAAACCACUAAAUCUAUAUGUACAAUAUAUAUUUUGAUUAUAAAGUUUUUACAUUUCUUUCCAUAUGAGCAACAACAAAAAAAAUC